UCCAAACAGAACGGACGUGCGAGCUCAGUUGGAUUAAUUGCGGAUUUUAUUUGUUGAAUUAAAUAAAUCAAUUCAAGAGGUUUUUUCUGUGAAUAGUGUUGUGUUGUGCAAUUAUUUGGAUUUCUGUUAUUUUGCUUGUUUGUUGUGUGGAAGGAGUUUACGAUUUUUAUAUUACUACUUGGACGGGGGCCGAUAAAAGAUUAAAAAAUGCCAGCGUAUGACAAUGAGGGGGCGACGAUAUCCAUGGAGGAUGUCAGGCCUCCAGAACAGCCCAUCACUAUCAGCACCAUUGAAGAGGAGCUCAUUGCCAGAAGACAUAAGAUGUUCAAGACACAGAAGUCCACAGUUGCUUCUAGAAAACAGCAGGCGGUGUGCGUCAGAAGGGCUCACAAGAGAUAUGGAACACAGAAGAAUCCUAAUAUUAUUCUAGAUGGUCUGAAUAUGACAGUUCCUAAGGGAUCCAUAUAUGGUCUUCUCGGAGCAUCAGGGUGUGGAAAGACCACCUUACUAUCCUGUAUAGUGGGCAGACGAAGACUGAACUCUGGUGAAAUCUGGGUGCUAGGUGGAAAACCAGGCAGUCCUGGAAGCGGAGUACCUGGUCCUAGGAUUGGGUAUAUGCCUCAGGAAAUUGCCUUAUUUGGCGAGUUUUCCAUUAGGGAGACCCUGAUUUACUUCGGAUGGAUAGCCAACAUGCCGAAUAAGGAGGUGGAGGAGAGAAUUGAUUUCUUGAUCCAGUUACUUCAGCUGCCUAACCCCACCAGACAAGUGAAAAACUUAUCCGGAGGUCAGCAAAGGAGGACAUCGUUGGCUGCAGCGCUGAUACACGACCCUGAGCUCCUGAUCCUGGAUGAACCGACUGUUGGAGUCGAUCCUGUUUUACGACAAAGCAUUUGGGACCACUUGGUGGACAUCACUAAAGGUGGUCGAACUACUGUCAUCAUCACGACUCAUUAUAUUGAUGAGACUAAGCAGGCUGAUAUUAUCGGACUCAUGCGAGGUGGUAGAUUCUUGGCAGAAGAAUCACCAACGGAACUAAUCCGCCGAUACCAAGGCGAGAGUUUAGAAGAUGUGUUCUUGAAGUUGUCAGUACUACAGAACUUGGGCAAGAGGAGGAGAUCCAGCAUCCUCGCUGAUGUGGUGGAAAGGGUUGAACUUCCCGCAAUACCAAAUCCAGCAGCAGUAGACUUGGAAGAAGCAGAAAUUGGUGAAAUAUCUGGAGAAUUCGGUGACAACGUGUCCAUGAGCAGUAAGGGUCGAGUGGUGGUGACUCCGGAGCUGAUUAACCCCAUAGAAGCCAUGCCUCCAGAAGAAAAACCGAGAAGGAGUAUGGAAAUGUACAUGCCCAUGAAAUGGCAUCACAUGAAAGCCUUGAUAUGGAAGAAUUUCUUAAGUUUGUUUAGGAAUUUUGGCGCCCUGGCGUUCCUCCUCGGUCUCCCAGUCUCUCAAAUGAUAUUCUUCUGUGUCGCUAUUGGUCACUACCCUGUCGGCUUGCCGAUAGCUGUGGUGAACUAUGAAGUUAACUCCACGGAACCUCUCUGCGACUAUAAUAAAAACGUGUGUCCUCAAGAUCCUAAUACGUACGAAUGGAAUCUAACGAGAUUUAGUUGUGAAUAUUUGGACUUUUUGUCGAAGAGACAAUCUAAUUUGAUAUCAUACCCAACCAAAGAGAUAGCAAUGAAUGAGGCCCAACAUGGUAAAGCGCGAGUGGUGCUGAUAUUCCACUCCAACUUCUCCGAGUCUCUGCAGCUGAGGAUCACAGACCCCAGACAUACAAACAAAUGGACUGUCCAGAACUCCGAUAUUGAAACCCAUAUGGAUGAUACUGACAAGCAAGUGGAAUGGAUGUUGUCUAGAGACAUACAGCUGGCCUUCAUGGAAGCUACGGAACAUCUAGCUAAAGUCUGCGACUUGCCUCCAAGGAUCAUGUCCAUACCAGUCACCUUCAACAAACCAGUUUAUGGUUUGGAGGUACCCAACUUGACUGACUUCGCUGGACCUGGUGUUAUUUUAACGAUCGUAUUCUUCUUGGCUGUGGCUCUGACUUCAGGAUCCAUGCUGGCUGAGAGGAACGAGGGUAUCCUGGAGAGGUCACUGGUUUCUGGUAUUACUGGUACCGAGAUCCUGUUCUCCCAUGUACUAGUCCAAAUGUUGGUCAUGAUGCUCCAGUCAGGCAUGGUGCUGCUCCUCGGUUUCCUGGUCUUCGGCCUGACUAUCAAGGGACCAGUAGGAUGGGUGAUCUGCUUAACUUUGAUGACUGGACUCUGUGGCAUGACUUUCGGUUUCGUUGUAUCCACAAUCUGCGAUACUGACAGGACUGCUACUUACCUCGCUCUCGGAUCAUUUCUACCCAUGGUGAUGCUUUGCGGAAUCAUCUGGCCUAUUGAAGGUAUGCACGUGAUCCUCCAAUGGAUCAGCUACUUCCUCCCACUUACUCUGUCAACUGAGGGUCUUCGGUCUAUGCUGCAAAGAGGUUGGAGCGUCAACAGCCCUACAGUCUACGCCGGCUUCAUCUCCGUGACCACCUGGAUCGCAGUCUACCUCACGACAAGUAUCCUGCUCCUCAAAUUCAAGAAGGGCUGAAGAGUCUACAUCCAGCUGUAGUUUAGAAUCAAAUUGCUCAAUGCUUAGGGUAGUUUCUUUGCCAUAGAUUUAGUUUUGGUGUGUGAGUAGUGAAUGAGUAGGUUUUUAAAGGAUUUGGAACUGUGUGUCUUUGUAGAUGUGGUUUAUUUUACAUUGCUUUGGGGAAGUAGGUAGAAGACGCUGAUAUUUUUCUUUAUAAAGUAGAUGAUGAUGUUGACUAUUUUAUUUUGAUACGUUAAAUAGAGUUCGUAAUGAAAUUGUGAACAAUAAGACCGCAUUACAUUAAUAAUUACGUUUACCUUAUUUUAUGAGGAAUGUCUGAAGAGUAGUUAAUGGCGACAUAAUAUGAACUUUAGGAAUUGGGCAUGAUUAAGUUAGGUUUAGUAUUUAUGUGAUUUAUAUAGAACCUGC